GCCCAUGGGCUGUCCAGGAGGGAGCCAGGCCAGCAGAGCCCUCUGCUCAGUCCCUCCAGCAGUGGCCCUGGGACCAGCCCUGCUCCUGGCACCCUGCUCCCUGCCUGACACAAGCUCACUCACCACCACCUUCCUCUGGGCAACCAGCUUCUCGCCAGCUACAACCGCACCCCUGCCACUGGCCACAGUCCCUGUCCAGGGACACCCCCCCCCCCCGGGCUCAGACACGCACCCUUCUCAGUGACUCUUCUGCAGGAAAGGUGGCUGCCCCCUGCAUUGCUCCAUCCAAUCAUGAGCUGGUGCCUAUCACCACAGAGAGCGCACCAAAAAAUGUAGUGGACACGGGAGAAGGAGCCUCCCGGGGUGGAACCACACGGAAAAGCCUCGAGGACAACGGCUCCACCAGGGUCACCCCAAGUGUCCAGCCUCGUCCCCAGUCCAUCAGAAACAUGAGUGUGAGCCGGACCAUGGAGGACAGCUGUGAGCUGGACCUGGUGUACGUCACAGAAAGGAUCAUCGCCGUCUCCUUCCCCAGCACAGCCAAUGAGGAGAAUUUCCGGAGCAACCUCCGCGAGGUGGCCCAGAUGCUCAAGUCCAAGCAUGGAGGCAGCUACCUGCUGUUCAACCUCUCCGAGCGGAGACCUGACAUCACGAAGCUCCACGCCAAGGUCCUGGAAUUUGGCUGGCCUGACCUCCACACGCCAGCUCUGGAGAAGAUCUGCAGCAUCUGCAAGGCCAUGGACACGUGGCUCAACGCAGACCCGCACAAUGUCGUUGUUCUGCACAACAAGGGAAACCGAGGCAGGAUAGGAGUUGUCAUCGCGGCUUACAUGCACUACAGCAACAUUUCUGCCAGUGCAGACCAGGCUCUGGACCGGUUUGCAAUGAAGCGGUUCUAUGAAGAUAAGAUUGUGCCCAUUGGCCAACCAUCCCAAAGAAGGUACGUGCAUUACUUCAGUGGCCUGCUCUCCGGCUCCAUCAAGAUGAACAACAAACCUUUAUUUCUGCACCAUGUGAUCAUGCACGGCAUCCCCAACUUUGAAUCUAAAGGAGGAUGUCGGCCUUUCCUCCGCAUCUACCAAGCCAUGCAACCCGUUUACACGUCUGGAAUCUACAACAUCCCAGGAGACAGUCAGACCAGCGUCUGCAUCACCAUCGAGCCAGGACUGCUCCUGAAGGGAGACAUCUUGCUGAAAUGCUACCACAAGAAGUUCCGGAGCCCAGCCCGAGAUGUCAUCUUCCGUGUGCAGUUCCACACCUGCGCCAUCCAUGACCUGGGGGUUGUCUUUGGGAAGGAAGACCUGGAUGAUGCCUUCAAAGAUGAUAGAUUUCCAGAAUAUGGCAAAGUGGAGUUUGUAUUUUCUUAUGGGCCAGAGAAAAUUCAAGGCAUGGAGCACCUGGAGAACGGCCCGAGCGUGUCUGUGGACUAUAACACCUCCGACCCCCUCAUCCGCUGGGACUCCUAUGACAACUUCCCUGGGCAUCGGGAUGACGGCAUGGAGGAGGUGGUGGGACACACCCAGGGGCCACUGGACGGGAGCCUGUACGCCAAAGUGAAGAAGAAGGACUCCUUGCACGGCAGCACCGGGGCUGUCAAUGCCACACGUCCCACCUUGUCCGCCACCCCCAACCACGUGGAGCACACGUUGUCUGUGAGCAGUGACUCGGGCAAUUCCACAGCCUCCACCAAGACAGACAAGACCGAUGAGCCUGCCCCCGGGGCCUCCGGCGGCCCUGCUGCCCUGAGUCCUGAGGAGAAGCGGGAGCUGGACCGCCUGCUGAGUGGCUUUGGCUUAGAGCGAGAGAAGCAAGGCGCCAUGUACCACACCCAGAACCUCAGGACCCGCCCGGUGGGGGCCCUGGCCAUGCCCUCCUCGGGCCGCCAUGUCGUCCCAGCCCAGAUUCACGUCAAUGGUGGGGCCUUGGCGUCUGAGCGGGAGACGGACAUCCUGGACGAUGAGCUGCCCAACCAGGACGGGCACAGCGCGGGCAGCAUGGGCACGCUGUCGUCCCUGGAUGGGGUCACCAACACCAGUGAGGGUGGCUACCCAGAGGCUCUGUCCCCGCUGACCAAUGGUCUGGACAAGCCCUACUCCGUGGAACCUAUGGUCAAUGGCGGGGGCUACCCCUUUGAAUCUGCCGGCCGGGCGGUGCCUGCCCAUGCCGGCCCCACGGCCCCCAUGCGGCCCUCCUACUCUGCACAGGAGGGCUUAGCUGGCUAUCACCGGGAGGGCCCCCACCCAGCCUGGCCACAGCCAGUGACCGCCUCCCACUAUGGCCAUGACCCCGGCGGUAUGUUCCGCUCUCAGUCUUUUUCGGAAGCCGAGCCCCAGCUGCCCCCAGCUCCAGCCCGCAGCGGAAGCAGCCGGGAGGCGGUGCAGCGGGGACUGAGUUCAUGGCAGCAGCAGCAGCCUCGCCCGCCUCCUCGCCAGCAGGAGCGAGUCCACUUGGAGAAUCUUGGGACCGGCAGGCCCAGCCCCCAGCCAUUGGCAGAGACCCCCAUCCCCAGUCUACCUGAGUUCCCGAGGGCGGCCUCCCAGCAGGAGAUAGAACAGUCCAUCGAAGCACUCAACAUGCUGAUGCUGGACCUGGAGCCAGCCUCGGCCCCUCUGCACAAGUCCCAGAGUGUCCCAGGGGCCUGGCCAGGGGCUUCCCCGCUCUCCUCCCAGCCCCUGUCCGGCUCCUCCCGCCAGUCUCACCCACUGACUCAGUCUAGAUCUGGCUACAUCCCCAGUGGGCAUUCCUUGGGAACCCCUGAGCCGGCCCUGCGGGCCUCUGUGGAGUCCGUCCCUCCCGGCAGGCCUUACUCGCCUUACGAUUAUCAACCAUGUCCCGCUGGGCCCAGCCAGGGUUUCCGUCCAAAGAGCCCAGCUUCUUCCUCCUCGCCCACCUUCCUUCCAACCACCCACAGCCUUCCAGGGCCUCAGCAGCCCCCGGCCUCUCUCCCUGGCCUCACUACUCAGCCUCAGCUCCCACCCAAGGAAGUGAUUUCAGAUCCCUCCCGAACUCCAGAGGAGGAGCCAUUGAACCUGGAAGGGCUGGUGGCCCACAGGGUAGCAGGAGUGCAGGCUCGGGAGAAGCAGCCUGCAGAACCCCCAGCCCCUCUCCGAAGGCGGGCAGCCAGCGAUGGACAGUAUGAGAACCAGUCUCCAGAAUCCACAUCCCCCCGUAGUCCCGGGGUUCGCUCCCCCGUCCAGUGUGUUUCCCCUGAGCUGGCUCUUACCAUCGCACUCAAUCCCGGAGGGCGGCCCAAGGAGCCCCACCUGCACAGCUACAAAGAGGCCUUCGAGGAGAUGGAGGGAGCCGCCCCAAGCAGCCCACCACCCAGUGGGGUGCGGUCCCCGCCGGGUCUGGCCAAGACACCCCUGUCUGCUCUGGGCUUGAAACCCCACAACCCAGCGGACAUCCUGUUGCACCCCACAGGCGUCACCAGAAGACUGAUCCUGCCAGAGGAAGACGAGAGGAAGGUGGCGGUCAAGCUUUCUGAAGAGCCCCGGAGCUACGUGGAGUCUGUGGCACGGACAGCGGUGGCUGGGCCCCGAGCUCAGGACCCUGAGCCCAAGAGCUUUAGCACCCCGGCUGCCCAGGCCUAUGGUCAUGAGACACCUCUGAGAAACGGGGCCCUGGGGGGCUCCUUCGUCUCUCCCAGCCCCCUCUCCACAAGCAGCCCUAUCCUCAGUGCUGACAGCACUUCAGUGGGGAGUUUCCCAUCCGGGGAGAGCAGCGACCAGGGUCCCCGGACACCCACUCAGCCUUUGUUGGAGUCUGGCUUCCACACCGGCAGCCUGGGCCAGCCCAGCCCUUCGGCCCAGAGAAUCUACCAGAGCUCUUCCCCUCUCCCGACUGUGGGCAGCAGCUACAGCAGUCCCGACUACUCACUUCAUCAACUCAGCUCCUCUCCAGAGAGCCAGGCCCGGUCUCAGUUCAGCGUGGCCAGCAUCCACAUGGUGCCCGGGAGCCCUCAGGCACGCCACAGGACAGUGGGUACCAACACUCCCCCUAGUCCUGGCUUCGGCCGGCGGGCCAUCAACCCCGGCAUGGCAGCCCCCAGCAGUCCCAGUUUGAGCCAUCGUCAGGUGAUGGGUCCGCCAGGCACUGGUUUCCAUGGUAACAUGGUCUCCAGCCCCCAGAGCGGUGCAGUGACCACUCCAGGGAGCCCCAGCCUGGGCCGGCACCCAGCAGGGGCUCACCAGGUUUCCAGCCUCCACAGUAAUGUGGCCACCACCCCGGGGAGUCCCAGCCUAGGCCGGCACCCUGGGGCCCACCAAGGCAGCCUGGCUUCUGGUCUCCACGGCAAUGCAGUAGCCAGCCCUGGAAGCCCCAGCCUGGGCCGUCACCUGGGAGGAUCUGGAUCUGUGGUUCCUGGCAGCCCCAGCUUGGACCGGCAUGUGGCCUAUGGUGGCUACUCCACCCCUGAGGACCGGAGACCCACGCUGUCCCGGCAGAGCAGUGCCUCUGGCUACCAGGCUCCUUCCACGCCCUCCUUCCCCGUCUCCCCCGCCUAUUACCCCGGCCUGAGCAGCCCCGCCACCUCCCCUUCACCGGACUCAGCCGCCUUCCGGCAAGGGAGCCCAACGCCAGCCUUGCCAGAGAAACGGAGGAUGUCCGUGGGAGACCGAGCUGGCAGCCUCCCAAACUACGCCACCAUCAAUGGGAAGGUGUCCUCACCUGUCGCCAGUGGCAUGUCCAGUCCCAGUGGCGGCAGCACCGUCUCCUUCUCCCACACUCUACCCGACUUUUCCAAGUACUCCAUGCCAGACAACAGUCCUGAGACACGGGCUAAAGUGAAAUUUGUCCAGGACACUUCCAAGUAUUGGUACAAGCCUGAGAUCUCCAGGGAGCAGGCCAUCGCGCUCCUCAAGGACCAGGAGCCAGGGGCCUUCAUCAUCCGCGACAGCCACUCCUUCCGCGGGGCCUAUGGGCUGGCCAUGAAGGUGUCUUCGCCCCCUCCGACCAUCAUGCAGCAGAAUAAGAAAGGAGACAUAACCCAUGAGCUGGUGAGGCAUUUCCUGAUAGAGACCGGGCCCAGAGGAGUCAAGCUCAAGGGAUGCCCCAAUGAGCCAAACUUCGGCUCUCUGUCUGCCCUGGUCUAUCAGCACUCCAUCAUCCCGCUGGCUCUGCCUUGCAAGCUGGUCAUUCCAAACCGAGACCCCACAGAUGAAUCGAAAGAUAGCUCGGGCCCUGCCAACUCAACGGCCGACCUGCUGAAGCAAGGGGCAGCCUGCAAUGUGCUCUUCGUCAACUCUGUGGACAUGGAAUCACUCACCGGGCCACAGGCCAUCUCCAAAGCCACAUCUGAGACGUUGGCUGCUGACCCCACACCAGCUGCCACCAUCGUUCACUUCAAGGUCUCUGCCCAGGGAAUCACUCUGACUGACAACCAGAGAAAGCUCUUCUUCAGACGACACUACCCCCUCAACACUGUCACCUUCUGUGACCUGGAUCCACAGGAAAGAAAGUGGAUGAAAACAGAGGGAGGCGUCCCUGCUAAGCUCUUCGGCUUCGUGGCCCGGAAGCAGGGCAGCACCACGGACAACGCCUGCCACCUCUUCGCGGAGCUCGACCCCAACCAGCCCGCCUCUGCCAUUGUCAACUUCGUCUCCAAGGUUAUGCUGAGUGCCGGCCAGAAGAGAUGAGCACCACCCUUGCCCAGGGCCAGUGCCGCGAGAUGGGGCACGUGGGGAGGGGACCCAUGAUUCCUGACCACUCUUGAAUCCAGAAGGAGGACUUUGGGCCAAUUUCAGAGAAGGAGAGAAGAAAGUGCAACGUGGGGAGAGGGAAGUGAAUUGCAGAGGGUGGGGGGAGAGGGAAAGAGAAGGAAGGAAAAGAUGGAGGAGAAAAACUCGGAUUCCCCUGGGUAGAUGGGAACUGCGAAAACCCAAAGCCUCCGGAGCUAACCAGGUCCACCUAACUCCCCCUCCCCUGGGAGAAGAGACAGAGCUCCUUGGGGAUCCACAUUUUGGGGGGAUGGAAAAGCUUUGUCUCCCUAACCCAACUGCUUUGUGAGGAGAAAUCCAGCUGGGAGAAUUUUUUCUUUCUGGCCACCUGUAGGGUAGGUUGGCAAACCAAACAGAGCCAGCGGGGCACAUCACGUGGGGAACUUGUUCUUUUGAAAGUAUCUGAGACCCGAGGCACGUCAGGUCUCUUUGCUAUGCCUUCCAUGCAUUGCUGUGUGGGUGUCUCUGUGUCUGCACCUACAUCCUCACACGUUGAUUUAUAUCUGCCUCUACCUGCUAGAAUCGUAGACAGCCAUACUUCUCUGUGUCCCAUGUGUUUGCAUAUACACAUGCUCACUGUCCAAAGAAGGUCAGGGCAUCAGGGAGAGACAGGUGUCUUCCUCCUCACAAGCACCCAGCUGUGGGUAAGAGACUGUCUGCAGACUCUGCACCCGCGCUCUAGUGGCCUUGGGUCCCACCAGCCCCUUCUCCUCUAUGAAGACCCAGGCAGGAGGGGUGGGGGCGGGGUAGCCCAGCAGCGUUACCUGGCCAUUCUGCCUUGCCCUGGAGCCUGGAGCUUAGGUUUGAGGAGGCGGACAUAUGUGUGUCCAUAGCCUAGCGGAAGGGAUCUGUGGGGAAGGUGGCUGUUGGGCUCGGGCCUCUUCUCCAGGAUGUGUGGCUCAGCCGCAAAGGAGGCCAAUUGCUCCCGCCUGUGCCCUGGGCUCUACCUUGGCUCCCACCUCUCAGCCUCAUUCUUGGGUUUCAUGCCCCAGGACCCGCCUUAAUCUCCCUUGCUCAUCUUCAUGAUGCCUUCUGGGGGCUGGGGAUUGAGCCUCGAUGCUCCGCCCGGCCCUAUUCUGCAGGGUCCCCGCGUUGGGGUCCGUUCCCUGGUGAGGCCUUGCUCGGUGAGGCCUGGGGAGAAGCCGGUAGCCCUUACUCUCUCCUCUGUCGGGAACCCUCCUGACAUCAGCAGAGCUUCUAGGGCUGUGCACCACACAGCCUACCUACCAUGCCAAAGCCUCGCUGUUACCCUUUCUGCCUUGGUUUUCCCAGCUGAGCCCUGCUGCCCCUGGAGCAGAGGGCAGAAGGCUUGCGUUUAGGCCAGAGGGCCCAGGGUUCAUUCGGGCAGUUGGAAAACCCCCAGCCACCACCCAAGGACUCUAAGCUGGAGUGGAAAAUUCACCAGGACUCCAUUCUUAAGCCCGGGGGUUCCAGAGAGAGAAGCAUUGUACUGAUAUAUAAAUAUAUAUAAUAUAUUCAUGACACAUACUGACAGAAUAGAAUCUGUAAGCUAACAAAAUAUAAGAAAAGGUUAAAAAAAAGAAUAGGUAAAUUGACAAGAAGUAUUUAUUGUUUUUUCCCAUACUGCUUUAUUGCCUUUCUGGGGCACAAACCAAUUCCCAUCCCCUUUUAUACAUCUAAGCAAAAAAUGAAAUGUCGGGGGCCUCUGUCCUCAGAGCAGCCAGGAGUCUCCUCGCCCUAGCCUUGGCCUUCCUUACACCCUGCAUGGGGCCCAUGGGGCGGUUGCACAUGUUUCACCCCUUUGGCCCCUUAUUUUCCGGUGUGCCAGGGUCCAGCCGUCAGCCCCCAGGCUGCACGGGGGAGCUGCCCUGUUGCCUGGUUCUGAGCGAGUGUGUGAGCGGUGCGGGGAUGUGGGUGUGUGUGGCACACGUGGUUGUGUGUGCAUCUUUUGUACGUUUUUCUCCUCCAGGGAAUUGUAUUGGUGUGGACAUUCUGUUUAGGGAGUUGGAAAGGGGAGUCGUCUGAAGAAGGUGGGGAACGGCCCCCACUGCUUCCCAAAGAGUGAAACCUUGUGCUUGGUGACUGAGGUCCCUCCAAAGUGCUCUUCCUUCUGAGAUAUUCAAACCAAAUACCUAGAUUCCCCACCCCCACCCUCAUUCCCUAGUUAGCCCCAAUUCUCUUCCACCCUAGGAGACAUUUCCCAUCCCCUUCCUUUGUAAAUAUCUUCAUCUCCCACCGGGCAGCCCCGGGGAGCCUCCUCCUGGCUGAGUGUUCUCCCCACACCUGAGGCUGGGUGGAGCACCAGACCCUUUGGCUGCCUGAGUCUAGGGUCAGCCUUCACACUCGCUUCCCCACUGCCCACCAGAGCCCACCUUCCAGGCAUGGCCAGCCCCUCCCUUCCAGGCCUGAGCCACGAGUGACCCUGCAGGAGGGCCCAGGCCCAUGCUGGGAAGCUGGUGACACUCCCAGCAUCCCUGUGGAAGGAGUCAGUUCCUGAGAGUUUGGUCUUUCCAGGAGAACGAUGGGGAAGGGACCCCCAGUCUCCACUGGGGCCCACCUUUGCGCCCUACCCCAGCGCCCUCCUGUGUCUCACAGGGAGGCCGUGCACCCGUGCACACACCUAUGCACACACACCACUCAGCACUGCAGUAUAUUCUUGCCAAAGAUUUCCUUUAAAAGAAAGCACUUUUACUAAUGAUUGUUAUUAUUUUGUAAAUGUUUGUCCUCUUCUGUCCUCUCCCUCCCCUCACCCUGUUUUGCUGUUGUUUAGUGUUGAGUCUGUUUGUCAGCCCGGGAGAGUGCUGCCUGGUCUUGAACACGGGAUAGAGUGGGGGGGAGUCUAGGAGAAGAUGGUUAAGAAAGAACAGGAGCGUUGUGGCCAUCAGGGAUGCAAACCCAGCCAGAUGCCCCAGCCCCAGGCCCAUGCUGUCCCUAGCCGUACAUCCAGGUGUCUG